AUGGCCAGAGGACAGCCUCGUUCGACACCGCCGCAAACCAACCCACCCCCCGCCGAUGUCGACAUGACGGACGUCAUGAACCCCGCUAGCCAGGAUGAGGACGUCCGCCCGGUAGACCGUACACCGACCAGUAACCCCUCGUCGACUUUGCCGCUGCUUUACGAUCUCGACGCCCUGGCCCAAAUCCCGCAGGGAGAGUUCACCAAGGACGUUCCGCCCGCGCCGAUAGGGGAGUUCACGAAACCACGCAAAACGUCGACGCCGACGGAUGCAGGGGAGGCCGGGCCGUCGUCUGUGCCGGACGGAUCGGGCGACCAGGAUGAGGACGAUUAUUCAUCGGCGAGCGACGAGGACGACGAAGACGACCCGCGGCCCCGACGUGGUGCAGGUCCGCGCACGUUGGAAGAAAAACUCAGGGGGGAACGUGCGUUCAUAGAGGAACUGUUGGACGAGAACGAGCUUGAGGAUCUGCUGCACACGUCGGUCCCUCGAGAAAUGUGGAAGGCGGCCGACUUCGUAGAGGAAGAUAUGGUGUACGCGUGCGUCGACGUGCUCGUGAUGGAGGGAAUGCGCCACCUGAAAACCAUAGAGGCCAAGAGCACGCUCAAGUCCUACACCUCAUGGAUAUACGACUACAAAAGGUGGACGGCGAAGAUGCUUAAAAAAAUUGGCGACAAACUGCCGACAGCAGAACAAAUGAGGCACGUCGACGAGAUAGGGCACUGGACACACAACAACAAGAGCAAGGAUUGGGACAACGAGAAGGUGGUCAAGCGGAAGCACAUAUGGCUGCACGGCCCCCGGGUCACUAGUACGCGACUGCGCGCCUACAUCAAGUUCAUGAGGCGGGAGUACAAGAUCGACGCCGACACGAACGAGCCAGUGCGAGCCUACACGGUGCACAUGAUCCUCGGCCGCAUCAAGGCCUGCCAGAUGGCGGCGAGGGUGGAGGCGACGCUCUUCAAGGAGAAGGAGUUGGGCAUCAUGCGGGAAAUCUCGGUGGUCCGGUCGGAGGUGCUCACGCUGCUCUCCCACCACAGCCUCAUGCGCGGUGCAAGCAUACGCGAGAUAACGCUCCCCGACAUCUUCCUGUACCGACUGGCGAGCACCUCGUCGGUGAACCCGGAUAACCAGCCGGUCGUCAUGGUGGUCGCCGCGCGGAACUCGAAGACGUCGAAGGAUGCGCGUCUUCAACAGAGCUACGCGGCGCGGCACCUAGAAGCGGAGUUGUGCGCCGUCGGCGAGACCGGGCUGUGGUUACACUUCGUCCUCGACCAGAUCGGCCAGUUUCACGGAGUCGACCUCAUUCCGCCGGUCGACACCAGCACACGCGAGCUCUGGUACAAGAAGCACCUGUUCUUCGCCCGCAACGACCCCGAGCAGGGCGAACUCUCAGCUCCCAGCCACCAGCGAUGGACGAGGCAGAUGUGGAAGACGAACGGGGUGUUCUGCAAGCGGAACGUCCAUGCCGCUCGGGCGGGCGGGGCGCAGGAGUUGGCCAUCCAAGGUACGCCUCGCGCCGAGAUAGCCGAGCUGGGUCACUGGGCUCUCGACAAGAUGACUCGAGCCUACAUCACGUCCAUUCCCGUCGGCGUGGUGAUGAAGAAGGCCGGCUAUUCGGGAUUCACGCAGGACUACUUCUUGGGUCGCAGUAGGGUGGAACCGGGAGACGAACUCCUCGCUCUCAUCGCCGAGCACAUCUUCCCCGACGUCGACGACCUCCUCAACAAGGAGAUAUCGGUCCGCCAUGACGCCCAGUUCGCGGUCGUCUCCCUCACGGAGACGCUUAAGCUCGAGAGGGAGCGGUCAACGGUCCAGAAGCUCGACCUCGAGGAGAAGAUCGAGAAUCGCAACGCAACCAUCGCGUCGCUCGCGGCCGAGAUAACACGCCUCACCGAGGCUCUCCGCGUUUCAGAAGCUCGAAGGAUGCCGGAGGCGCCGCCAGCUGCUAACGACCAGUCGCCGAGCGACGGUGGCUCCGCGGAGUCGGCAAGCAGGGGUGGAGGAGCCAACAAACCCAAUAAACCCCCACAGACGGUCGAGGAGGCUACCUACGAGCUGAACGUAGUGCAGCCUUGGCGGACUGCAACGACCGUCAAGGACGCGUGGCGCCUCUGGACCUCGUGCACCAGCGCCGACACCCGUCGUCUAUGCGACAGGUUCAGGGAGCCGGGAUUCGUCGACCGCCACACCCUCCUCGACGGAGCCUCGCAGGGAGCGCACGGGAAGAGGGUGCGCCGCAUGAUGAAGGUCAUCGAUGCGGUGCGCCAGCUUCGCAGGAGCGACGGCGAAGCCGACACGGAAGCCACCGUCGACGCGCUUAACAAGAUAGCGGCGCCUGGCAUUGGGACCUUCGCGGAUGCCCUCACGGUGCUCAACGCGGACGCCGUAGCGACCUAUGCUGGGCAGGGUAAGGGCGUCAAAGGGCUCGGCAAGACGGAAUUUUCCAAGCUUCGUGUCGCCUGUGCGUUCGUGGCGCGCGGGCUCAAGCCCGAAACGUGGGUCGCCGACCUGUUCCCGGACACCUGGGUUGAGCAGAUGAAGAAGACGUUGGCCGACCUGGCCCGCGAAAACGACGCCGGGCAGCUGCCUCCGACCAAUAAGACGACCAAGCGGAAGAAAACCGCUUGA